AUGUUGCCUUGGGUAGUCUUGCGGGAUUUCACCGAUUUGCUGUUUCAGUAUGAGAAACGGGGCCGGCAUAGACACCCGGAACCUCUAUUGCGGGGUUUUGGGGAAGCCUUGGAGGAUUGUGGUUUGAUGCAGAUCCCAUUGAUUGGCUAUCAGUUUACUUGGGAGAAGUGGAAGGGAACGAAGGAUUGGGUUGAGGAGAAGCUGGACAGGGUUGUGGCGAAUGAGGAUUGGCGUGCUGUGGUAGAGGGGGCAAGGGUCUAUAAUAUACAAACGAGGAGGUCGGACCAUUCGGCCCUUUUUCUGGAUGUUCGACCAGGUAUGGGGACUCGGGUUGGUCAUAGGAGCUUCCGUUUUGAGAUGGCCUGGUUGUUGGAUGGGGGAUGUAGGGAGGUGGUGAAAGAUGCGUGGGGUCGUGGUGUUGAGGAGUUGCAGGCCCGCUUGCAGAGGUGUGGUAUGAAGCUUCAACGAUGCGGCGGUGAUCGUUUCCAUAUGUUUGGGGAACGGAUCGCUGGUCUCAAGAAGCAACAGAUGAAUUGUAGGGGGCGCAUGGAUCUACAGGCUUUAGCUGAGUUCCGCCGUCUUGAAACUGAGCUAGUAAGGCUUGAGAAGAAAGAUGAUGUUUUUUGGAAGCAGAGAGCCAAGUGGGUAGAUGGUGAUGCUAUGAAACCUGAUGUGAUGAGUUAUUUUAAUGAUAUUUUUACUGCUAAUCCGGCUGUCAGUGAUGUGGCGGAUUUCUUUACCUCUAUCCCUACCCGGGUAACCCAGUCUCAUAAUGAAUGGUUGGAUCGGCCCUAUGAUCCGAGGGAGGUAAGGGAUGCUUUCUUUGCUAUGUUUUCGGAUAAGGCCCCGGGGCCCGAUGGAAUGAACCUAGGUUUUUAUCAGCAGUUUUGGGAUAUUGUUGGGGCGGAUGUCACUGAUUUUGUUCUGGAAUGUUUAAAUUCGGGAUCUUUGCCUGCUGGUCUCAAUGAGUCAAAUGUAGUUUUAAUCCCUAAGAAACAGUCCCCUGAGAUGGUAACUGACCUGCGCCCGAUUGCAUUAAGUACUGUGGUGUAUAAGAUAAUUGCCAAGGUUAUUGCUAAUCGUCUGAAGCCUUUGUUGGGUGAUAUUAUUUAUGUAUCGCAAAGUGCUUUUAUCCUAGGCAGAUUGAUAACGGACAAUAUUUUGGUGGCUGCUGAGGUGGGACACUUUUUGAACAGGAAGCAGUUGGGCAGAGUUGGGAGGGGGGCCCUGAAAUUGGAUAUGGUUAAGGCUUAUGAUAGGAGGGAAUGGACUUUUCUGAGAAAAAUGCUAAUAGCCUUGGGGUUUCAGGAUAGGAACACUCAGCUUAUGGAGAGGAACUCGGUGGCUGUGGUGUUUGGGGUGCAGCAAGCGGCAAAGGAUUGGAAGCUGGAAAAAGAAACUACUGUCACGUGCUGGGAAGGAAAUUUUGCUGAAAUCUAUGGCACAGGCCAUGCCUACAUUUACUAUGAGGUGUUCUUACUACCUAACUCGUUGUGUACGAGUCUUGAGCGUAUUAUGAACAGGUUUUGGUGGCGCAAUGGGAAGGAUGGAGGUGGGAUUCAUUGGCUGGCGUGGGACAAGCUGUGUAAGCCGAAGAAGUUUGGAGGGUUGGGUUUCAAGGACUUAAGGGCUUUCAAUGUGGCAAUAUUGGGCAAGCAGGGGUGGAGGUUCCUCACAAAUCCCCAGUCUCUGGUUGCCAGGGUUUACAAGGCCAGGUAUUACCCAAAUUCUGAUUUUUUGGGUGCCACCGUUGGAAAUAAUCCAAGUUUUUUGUUGGAGGAGUAUUAUGGCCGCUCAGGACCUGAUUUGUCGCAAUAUAAGGCGUUGAAUUGGGAACGAUGUUUCUACUUUAGUGUGGGGUGA